UAUGAUAAGGUGGAUCGUGUUGCUGUCUUUGUGUCUACAUGUCAUCUCUGCGUCAUUUGACUACAUUUAUGAGGAGCACUCCUUCAUGGACCCGGAUGACGUGCUGAGUGUGAGCAUUCCUCUGGAGGGGCCUCAGCGUCCUCUACUGGGAGGGUCGCUGGUUUUACCGUGUUACUUUGAGGACCACACCGUCCCAGACCCAGGAGCUCCCACCAUCACCCCCCUGUCUCAUCGUAUCAAAUGGAGCCUCGUCACCAAAGAUAAAGUCACAACCGUCCUCGUAGCCCUGGAAGGACAGGUGCGUAUCAGCGAGAGCUACCUGGACAGGGUUCAUCUGGUUGGCUACCCCGUGACUCCCACAGACGCUAGCAUCAAGAUCUCUGAGCUGAGGUCCACCGACUCAGGAGUUUACCGCUGUGAGGUUCAGCAAGGCAUCGAGGACAACCACGACAUCGUCCACGUGCAGGUUCAAGGUAUCGUGUUUCACUACCGAGCCAUCAUGGGUCGCUACACUUUGACUUUUGAAAAGGCGACUGCGGCAUGCGCCCAGAACAGCGCCGUCAUGGCUUCACCCGAACAGCUUCAAGCGGCCUUCGAUGACGGAUUUCACCAGUGUGACGCCGGCUGGCUCUCUGACCAGACGGUCAGGUACCCGAUCCAUGAUCCUCGUGUGAACUGCUAUGGGGACAAAGAGGAGCUUCCUGGGGUCCGGACAUACGGAGUGAGAGACCUCAAUGAGACUUAUGACGUCUACUGCUUCACUGAGAAGAUGACGGGCAGAGUUCUCUACACUGCUUCAGCAGAAAAGUUCACUUUCUCUGAGGCCGCGGCUUCAUGCGCUAAUCAGGGAGCUCGCUUGGCCACUACUGGUCAGCUCUACCUGGCCUGGCAGGGCGGGAUGGAUGUGUGUAACGCCGGCUGGCUGGGUGACAGGAGCGUCCGCUACCCCAUUAACAUUCGCCGGCCACAAUGUGGAGGAGGUCUGCUGGGGGUGAGGACUGUUUACCUCCACACCAACCAGACGGGAUACCCACUCCCUGAAUCCCGCUACGAUGCCUUCUGCUACACAGAGUCGCCUGAUGAGGAGGGUUCAGGCUUCACAGAAGAGGGCAGUGGUGUUCUGAGUGUUACCACAGUGACACAGAGCCCAGAGGUGUUCUUCAGGAGGACGACCACAGAGAGCGAGGCGGUUGGGGAGGUGGAGACUCAGCAGCCUACUGUUGUGGACUUCACCUAUACGGAGCGCCCGACUGAGCUGCCGCUGCCUCAGCCGCCAAACGUCACUGAGUUUAUCACCGACCUGAUAGAGCCAGCCACCGCCCGGCCCGACGUAGGCCGAGAGCCCAGCAAAGACUUUGUGAUGCCUCCAACUGGUGUGGUCUUCCAUUAUCGCUCAGACUCAGGUCGCUAUGCUUUCACCUUCGUUGAGGCGCAGCGAGCCUGCCAGAGUGCCGGAGCCUCCAUCGCCACACCAGAGCAGCUGCAGGCAGCAUACGAGGCUGGAUAUCACCAGUGUGAUGCAGGAUGGUUACUGGACCAGAGCGUCAGGUAUCCCAUUGUUUUCUCUCGAGAUAAAUGUGCUGGAGAUCUUGGGGAUCAACCUGGUGUUCGGUCCUAUGGUUUGAGGCCAGCAGAUGAGAGAUAUGAUGUGUACUGCUACAUCAAUGGGCUCAAAGGGGAAGUUUUCCAUGUGCGCUCUGCUGAGGGUUUCACCUAUGAUGAAGCUGCUUCCAGCUGUCAAGAGCAGAACGCCGUCCUGGCCUCCACCGGAGAGCUCUACGCCGCCUGGAAAAUGGGCUUCGACAAGUGCCGUGCGGGCUGGCUGGUAGAUCGUAGCGUCAGGUAUCCCAUCAACAGGCCUCGCGCUGAGUGUGGAGCUGGAAAAUUAGGAGUGCACACUGUGUACACUAACCCCAACCAGACAGGCUUCCAUGAACCUGACGCCAAAUUUGAUGCAUACUGUUUCAGAGCGGACCUUCUGCUUAUUGCAAAUGAAACUGGACUGAACAUCACAGAGAUCCAGGAGGCCCUGCUUAACAUAUCAUCCAUCACUGAUCUGUUGAGGCCUGCUGUUCCUUCUGUUGUUCCUCCCAUCUCUGUGGAGAGUUUGGGAUCUGGUUCAGGCUCAGCAGACUUCGGGUCAGGGUCUGCCUCUGGGGAUAACUCUGGAGACUCAUCUGGCGACCUGACUGAUUCUGGAGAUGGGGUUAUUUCUGGAGACUUCUCUGGUUCUGGAGACCUGUCUGGCUCUGGGGACAGGGUAGUCUCAGGAGACCUGUCUGGCUCUGGGGACCAGAUAACCUCUGGAGGCCUUUCUGGUUCUGGAGACUUGUCUGCUUCUGGGGACCAGAUAACCUCUGGAGGCCUUUCUGGUUCUGGAGACUUGUCUGGUUCUGGAGACCUCGCCGGCAGUGCAAGUGCUGAGCUGCCUAGUGGAGCAUCAGGUUUCAGCAGCACAGAUGCUUCCGGAUCGACUCUCAGUGGAGAAGGAUCCGGCAUCACCGUUGUUUUUUCGGGCAUCGACAGCAUUGACUCUGGAGAUGGAUCAGUUUCAGGAGAACUCCAAGAAGCUGGAGAGGGAAGCACAGAGAUCCUUAUCUUCCCCUCAUCUGGAGAAGGUUCUGGAGAACUCAGUGGAAGUGGGGACCUGUCUGGAUCUGGCAGUGGAUCUGGCUUCACCUCCAUGGGAAGUGGCUCUGGGGGAAGUGGACAGUUUUCUGGCAUGUCUUCCGGUUUCAUUAACAGCCAGGACUCCUCUGGGUUCAGCGGUUUCCCAUCAGGAUCCUACUCUGGCAGUGCAAGUGGACAGUCAGGGGAACUUUCAGGAAGUGGAGACGCUCAGAUCUUACUGAUAGAUGGUGAACUGAUCGAUGUUUCCAUCCGUACUACCAACAAGGAGUAUGAGCUUGGUGGAGGCCAACUGGCGUUCAGUGGCUCUGGAGACAUUUCAGGAUCUGGGGUUCUCAGUGGUGACCUCAGUGGCUCUGGAGACAUUUCAGGAUCUGGGGUUCUCAGUGGUGACCUCAGUGGCUCUGGAGACAUUUCAGGAUCUGGGGUUCUCAGUGUUGACCUCAGUGGUUCAGGAUCUGGAAGUGGCACUGAGUUCUUCUCAGGUGUGUCCUUUCUGGGGUCAGGGUUCACCGAACUUACAGGGCCUUCCUCCGGAGAGCAGGAGGCCUCUGGGUAUUUACUUUACAGCUCUGGACAGGGAAGUGGCGGACAUUUGUCUGGAUAUGGAGGCUUGAUUUUCCACUCCGGAUCUGGAUCAGGAAUGUCUGAAUCUGAGUCCUCAACGAGUGGAGAAGAAGGCAGUGUUACUUUCUUGACUGGGGAUUUUAUGACAGAGAUAUCCGGAGACACUACACCGUCUAUGGAGCUUGGACAGGGAUCAGUUGAAUACAGUGGAGAAGGAAGCGGCAGCGGUGGCUUCUUCUCUGGCAGCGGAGACAACCGCUUGUUCACAGUCAGUGGUACUUCUUCAGGAGUUUCCUCUGGAGAUCUACCACUGGUGAUGCUGCCAUCUUCGUCCAACGAGUGGGCACUGACUGAGAGCACUGCAGGACCAGAGGAGGCCCUGAGGGGAACUGAACUGUCACAUACCUCUGGUGACAUCGAUGAAACCUACGGAUCUGCGCCUGCCCCCGCAGGACUGGCUGCUCCUCCCACAGCAGCUACACCUGCCUCCAUGCAGGCGACUGGUACAGCUGCAGAAACGGAUUCAGUGGAGGGUGUUUUUAACCCAUGUGAACCAAACCCCUGUGGUGAGGCGUCAUGCACAGUAGAGGACGGGGUUGCUCUCUGUCAUGAGGUAGAUGUGUGCCAUUCCAACCCUUGUGCCAAUGGAGCCACCUGUGUGGAGAGCGCAGACUCUUACAAAUGCUUAUGCCUACCCAGCUACGGAGGGGAACGCUGUGAGAUCGAUGAGCAGCAGUGUGAGGACGGUUGGACUAAGUUUCAGGGGAACUGCUACCUACACUUCUCUGACAGAGAGAUGUGGCUGGACGCAGAGCAGCGCUGCCGGGACCUGAACGCCCACCUGGUCAGCAUCAUCACGCCGGAGGAGCAACACUUUGUCAACUCAAACGCACAGGACUACCAGUGGAUCGGGCUGAACGACAAAACAGUAGAGGACGACUUCCGCUGGACAGAUGGAACCCCGCUGCAAUAUGAGAACUGGAGGCCGAACCAGCCAGACAACUACUUCAACUCUGGAGAAGACUGUGUGGUGAUGAUCUGGCACGAGAACGGCCAGUGGAACGACGUGCCCUGCAACUACCACCUGCCGUUCACCUGCAAGAAAGGGCCAGUGUCCUGUGGAGCUCCGCCCGAGGUGGAGAAUGCCCACAUGUUUGGUACCAGGAGGGCGGAGUACCCUGUCAACUCCAUCAUCCGCUAUCAGUGCGACCCCGGGUUCACACAGCGCCACCCGCCGGUGGUUCGCUGCAGAGCAGACGGUCAGUGGGAGAAACCUCAGGUGGAAUGUACAGACGUGAAAGCCAGAAGAAGAAUACAGCGGAGGAGCAGCGAGCAUCACUAGAAAGGAAAAAAGUAGAAUUUAUUAUUUCAAAAGAACAUUUGAAGCAAACAGAAAUCCAUUUUCCAUUUCAGUGAAGAUGAUCUGAAGGUUUAAAUUGUUGGCAGGGUGCUACAACACGGUCAUGUGGUGUUUGUCUGUUCUAUCCCCCGACCCUCAUAAUAUAUUUGAAUUAUAUAUAUAUUAUUUUAUUGUACUGAGUUUAUUUUUAUUGUGUGUGUUGUGAUAUAAAUUUGUUUUGAGAAAUAAUCGCCAGGAGACUCCCAAGUUUUACAUGAAUAGAAAGCAGCGUCUGUCUGGUUCACUGCAGUCUGCUGUCGGUCUGUUGAAAGCUGCAACGAUUAGUCAACUCAUCGAUUAGUCAAACGAAAGAAAAUGAGCCGCCAAAUAUUUUGAUAGACAGAUAAAUUCUUUCCGUCCAUUUUCCAUGUAUCAUUUUUUUUCAUCAUUUAUGACAGUUAUUGAAAUGUCUUUGGGUUUUGGACUGUUUGUUGGACAAUAGAAGCGAUUUGAAGACGUCACUUUGGGCUCUCGGAGAAUUGUGGUGAGCAUUUUUCAUAGUUUUAAUUAACUGAUUAAUCGAUUAGUUGCGGCCGUAGAUCUGUUAGUGGAUGUUGGAACGCUGCUGUAACUCUGAUUUAUGUACCAGGUACCAAAAAGUCAUAUUUCUAUGAACCCUGGAGACACAACUUCAUGUCACAUCUGUCAGAAGAAAAACACAGCUGGAGGGAGACUCCUUGGUGUUUUUCAAGUCAGUCAUCAAGGUUCCCUGCUGGUUUCUGUACUCAGUAAGUUGAGUUGAUAGUUUCAUUUUUCCUCCUUCAGAUGAAGCCGUUCCUUCCUGUAAUACAUCACGAAACAAAACUUCCUCAGGGUCACAAACGACCCAUUCGAGGAGAUGCAGUACAAACUCCAGGAAAAAUAGUUAACUAACAUUGUGGCUCUCUACAGGCUGUUUUUAUUGUAUAUGUGCAGAAUUAUAUAAGCAUCCAGAUAUCUGGAUAUAAAUUAUUCACAACCAUAGACAGAACUAAAAGCACCUGAGGACUACCUGUAUAACUGCACUGGUCAGACAGUUGAAUUUGAUCUGUUGCGGUGACGUGAAACAUCCAAAAAAAAACAAGAGAGAUUUAGGAAAAUAAACCUGCAGCAAACUCUCAAAAGGAAAGGUUCAAGAGGAAAUGGGAAAUGUUUUAGUCUAUGAAUCAGACGAAUCUGUUCAGCUCAUGAUUAUUUUGCUGGGCUCCCGUUCAGAUUCACCUCAGAUUUGGUUGGUGACGUGCUGAUCACAACUGAGUUAUGAGAAAAAGCAACAACAGUCCAACUCACUGUGAAAUCAGCUUCAGUGUCUCGUAGUUUUUGAGCAGAGAUUUUGGGUCAAUGUGAACACGCGACCUUUUAUUUAUUGAUUUCACACGGUGACAGAGUCUCUGCUGGACUGAGCCGGUGAUCGUUGUAUAAGAGAGAUUCGGCACUGAGACCACAGCAGCUUCACACCCACGCUGAAGAAACUUUUACCAGCUCCAUGUUUUAUAUCGAACCUGCAGCAGAUGUUACUCCACAGUUUGUCAUGUUGGCCCGUUCAGUCUUUUGUUUUCUGUGUGUUUUAGUUGUCAUCAGCUUCCACGAGGCCGUGCAGUGCACAGUGUCUCUGUGGAGCGAGUGUCGGGAUAAUGAACCUGUUUUAUUUCAUGUUUGUAACCUCAGAGGAAAUAACCUCCCUGUUAACAUGACAGUGUGCAGUGCCUGCUGUGGUUUUGUUUUAUAUUCACACUUUGACUGCUCUCAUUUGUGCACUUGUUUUGUGUCUUUGUUGCUGUAUUUGGAGGCUGCGCCUCCUUCACACAUACUGUCACCUGCUGCAUGAUAAACCAAAGACUGAGAUUUACCUUUAAAGCUGUUCAUGUGUCCGCUGUAGCUGUUUUAUUCUCUAAGGAUUCAUCUGUCAAUGUUCUCUAUGUAUCUUUUUGUCAACGAAUCACACGAAAAGACCAAAACCAUCAACAAAUCAAUCUUCUGUCUGUGUAUCACAGCCUGAUGUGUCUUCUUCCUCUGUGUCAUAGAGCGCCAUUGUUCUCCAGAAACUAUUAAAACACAUCAGUGAGCCUCACUGUU